ACAUCCUGUUAAAACGAAAGUAAAAUGGUCGUCAGUGUGCGUCGCGUCAGAGGAGGGUCCAAUAUUGUUGACACAAUGAUCGUUUACAAAUUGCUAAAGACAGAGACUGCAAAAUGGUUAUAAGAAGAUCAAUAGACCAUGUCUGACGUCAUCGAGAAAACCCUCUCCUUAUUCUCGGAUGGACUCCGGGGAUCUUCGGGGGAUAAGAAUGCAGGCGUUACACCAAAGAAGUUAAUGGGGCGAUCAUUCCACGGCUUUAUCCGAACUGUCUCCAGGUGUCGAAAUAGAAAGGAGGAACAGACAUUUGUUACACAUGAACUGUCCCAGAUCAAAGAGAGUUUAAGCAGAACAGAUGUGUCUCUGGAUUCUGUCUGUGACUACCUGUGUCGUCUCGUGUUCUGUUACAUGAUGGGUUAUGACGUCUCUUUCGGCCUGAUCAACACCUUAAAACUGGCACAGCAAGGCUCGGGACUGGAGAAGAGGAUAGGUUAUGUCACAGCAACAUUGCUUCUUCAUCGUGACCACGAGCUGAUUCUCCUACUGAUGAACACCAUUCAGAAGGAUUUGAACAGCACUAACAUAUUGGACAACUGUUUUGCGCUGACAGCCAUCUGCCAUCUGGUCAGCUCGGACGUUGGGGUCAUGAGUAUGAUGUUGCCGUCAGUAAUGAAGAAAUUAGAACAUCCGAGAGAGUUGGUGAGAAUGAAGGCAGCCUGUUGUAUCCUGCGAUAUAUAAGGAUUACCCCCAGCUACCAGCGCCACCUGCAGGACGCCAGCAGGAAGCUUCUGUACGACAAAGAUCCAGGGGUGAUGUCAAUAGGAGUUAAAAUACAGCUGGAAUUACUCAGAGGAGGAAAUCAGAACAGCCAGAACUUGACCUCUGACCUGAGCAGCAUUCUACAGCAGAUAAUGAACAGGAGCCUUCCAUCAUCCUUUGAAUACCACGGCAUCCCGUUACCAUGGUUACAGAUAGACAUCUUAAGAGCCUUAUCAAUUCUGGGCAGAGGAAACAAAAAGGACAGUGAACACAUAUACCCCCUGCUGAAAGAUAUGUUGGACAAAAUCAACAUGAGAGAGCGGAUGGCCUUCGCUCUGAUGUACGAGUGCAUCGUAACCAUUACCAGCAUCGCUCCCCAUCGAGGACUUUUAAACGAAGCCAGCAUCCGGGUGAAAAAAUUCAUCUCCUCCACAAGUUAUGCGCUUAAAUACAUAGGAGUGAAGGCUCUCACUCAUUUGAUCGCAGUCAGUCCAGAAAGCACAACCGACUGUCAGAUGAUUGUUGUAGAGCUUUUAGAUGACCCAGAUCCUGCCAUUCAAUCAAAGACUGUAGAUCUACUGUACAGCAUGGCCAAUGAAAGCAAUGUGAAGAUUGUCUGUAGUAAACUUGUCCAGCAUUUGGAUCGUCCUGGAAAUGACUUCACAAAGACUGAGCUCAUCAGGAAGAUUAUCACCCUCACAGAGCAAUAUAGACAGGAUGGAGUCUGGGCUUUUGAUAUUGUUCUCAUGGUGCUUAAAGUGGAACGGCACUACCUACCGGAAAACCUGGUGGACAGAAUCCUGAAUAACCUCACCAAAAUUUUGGAAUUACCUGUUCAAACCAGCCAGGUGCCAGAGACAUUACAACACAUUGUGAAGAAGUCUGUGCAGGGUUUAUUUCAGGAGAACUGCUCCAAGGAGCUUGUUAAAAUCACAGCAUGGGUAUUGAGUGAACAUUCAUCUCUCCUGAAGAACAUGCCAGAAGACAAAAUUAUCUCCCUUCUGCAGAAGCAGUUCUUGAGACAGACCCUAGACACUAGCACACGUCUGUGGAUUCUGUCAUGCAUGACCGGUUUGCUCUGUGGUGGUGUUUUGAAACCUGGGGUGGUGAAGGAAGCAGUGAAGAAACUACAAGACAUGGACACAUACACUAGGGAGAUUGAUUUCACUUUACAACAGAAACUUGUGGAAUGUGAGAGGCUCUGUGAUUCCCCGGUUAUGCUGGAUCUGCAAACACGACAAGCUGACACUUCACAGUUGGAUUUCACCUUGUCGUUUUUGGAUGACUUUGUGUCGGAUGCGCUGGAGGACGGAGCUAAGCCGUACAUCCACUCUAGUCUACGUGUACCCAGUGUCAAAGAUCCUCUAUUUUCUGGAUAUGGUAAAUCCCGAGUCCGCAGCGAGUCUCUCCGAUCCAGCUCCUCGGGAAAACUAACGAUUCCAGGGACCUGUAGCAAGACAACAGCUUCAGACUCAAAAAACAUUGACCUGAAGCUUGAAGGCAUCAGCAAGGUGUGGGGAGAGGAGGGCUUUCUGGAGAAGGAGACGAAAGUGGAGUUUGGUCUCCAUUCAGCUUCUGCAGAAAAACAGAGGGAGCUAGAGGAGAAAAAAGAACUAGCGGCAGCUCUAUUUAGUGGAUUUAGCAGUGGAAGCAAGGUUGGAGAUGAAGAGGCUGAAUUACACGACCCAUGGGCAGAGGAAGUUCCUCUAACACUUAAUUCUAACUCCACAGACUGGAGAGCUCUCAGUGCAGAAGAAUCAUGUAAGGAAGAGAAAUCAGACGCCAUGGUGAAAACUAACAGUAAUCUGAUUGAUCUAUCUGAGCCGGAGAAAUCAUCAGAAAAUUUGUUUCCUAGUGAAACAGUACAAUCAGCUGCUGAACUUAAUAUGGAAGUCGGUGUUGAUAAAUUUGAUUUGGGUGUUGAUAAACUGAAUUUGGGUGUUGAUAAGAUUAAUAUAGGUGUUGAUGAACAUAAAAUGGGUGUUAAUGAACAAGACAUGGGGGACGAUAAACAUGAUGGGAAUGAUCAGUACCCAGUAACACAAUUGUGCCAAGGAAAUAUGGAGUUCCACAGCCGGGAACCUCCCCCGCUGUGUGGUGAGGACUUCUCAGAAGACACAACAACAGAGCUCAAAAAUCAGCCAUUUUCUGGAUCAUAUGAAGUUAUGAGUGGUGAUGAAAACCUUACAGAUAUUCAUGAAAGCUUGUGCAGUGGUAGUCAUUUGAAUUUUGACGCUUCGCGGAUUAAACUGGAAGAGAGGGAUGAUAGUGGAUUAUGUAUGAAAGCCGAGUCCAGCUUUAACAGUGAGCAGAGUGACGAUCAUCCGCGUCAGGGCGAACAGCAUGAAGGCAGUCUGUAUAGUCAGUACGGGACGCUGAGUGACAGCGAGGAAUCCGGACACAGCGAGGAAUCCGGACACAGCUAGGAAUCCGGACACAGCGAGGAAUCCGGACACAGCGAGGAAUCCAAACACGCAUAACUCGGAGACAAAUGUACAGGAGUUUCUAUGACUUGUGUUGUAGGCAGAGAGCUCAAAAACGUUAUGAAAUUGUGUAGAGUAAGAGUAUGAAAUAUUGGUUUUGUAUUCAAUCAUUAAUCUGUGUUGUGGUUAUAUAUCAUAUCAAAAUAAUUUUUAUACCCCAACAACCAAAUACAUGAAUUAUUACGUU